ACGUUGAGCGAGUUGUAGCACUGCACAGCUUCAGCUAAUCUCCCUGCUCAAGCUUGCUCUGACCCGCUGCCACAAUGUCGACCGCUAUCCCCGAGACGAUGAACGCCGUCGUCCUGAAACAACCCUACAAAGUCGCUCUCGAGAAAGUACCCACUCCAAUGCUUCUAAAGAGUGAUGAUGUUAUUGUUAAAGUACAUCUCGCUGGGCUAUGUGGAUCCGACCUUCAUCUGUACCGGGGAACGGAAGAUGCGGGCAAGGACUAUGUGAUGGGGCAUGAGGUCGUGGGAACGAUCGUUCGGAAAGGAAAUGAUGUCAAAGAAUACAGUGUAGGAGAUGUGGUGGCUGUCCCAUUCACGAUAUCUUGCGGUAUGUCCCUUCUCACAGCUGAUGGUCAGAACUGACCCGCGAUCAGGCAAAUGCUACUACUGCAAGUCUUCCCUCACCUCCCGAUGCACCUCCUCAGCUUUAUUCGGAACUCCAAACCUGCCCGGGUUCCAGGCAGAGUACGUCCGAGUCCCCCUGGCUCCAGCCUGCCUCCUCCUCAAACCCCCUCAGCUCCCGGAAGAGCUCAUGCUUCUGAUGGCCGACAUUCUGCCUACGGGGUACAGUGCGGCGUAUAACGCUUGGAAGCUGUUGGGAUGGGGCGAGGAGAAGGGAGGGAAGGCAGAGAAGAGGGGAGUCUGCGUUGUUGUGGGCUGUGGACCUGUUGGCCUUUGCGCUAUCACGUCGGCUCUGACAUUAUUUGACAAGGUCUUUGCUGUCGACCCUACCUCUUCCCGGAGAGAACUGGCGGCUAAACACGGUGCCAUCCCCGUGUCCCCGUCUGAUCUCCAAUCUUCAGUCUUUUCGGCCACGGAAGGCCGAGGGGCCGAUGCCGUUCUUGAAAUCGUUGGGAAUCAGAGUGCUAUAGAUACCGCCUUGAGCGUAGUGAGGCCUUACGGGGCUGUAAGCAGUGUCGGUGUCCAUGCGAAGGAGUUAAAGAUUGACGGAGGGCUGCUUUAUGACAAAAACGUAAAACUCCAAUUCGGCCGGUGCUCUGUCAAGCGCUUUUAUCUCGCGGCCCUUGAAGUGCUUAUCGAUAACCAGAAACUCUUCGAGAGCUUUAUUGCCCACAUUGUGAACUUUGAUCAAGCCGAAAAGUAUUACGAACUAUUCGAACAAGGAAAAGUCCCCAAGACAGUCUUUAGGCCAUAGGAUUAUGCAAUGAACGGACGCGGCGAACGAGAGUUGGAGGGAUGCUUGGAGGCGAUGCAAGCCAGCAGAUGUUGAGGUAUCCGAUCUCCAUGAGACUGCGGCUGGUCGAUGGUAUGCAUAUGACAGCGAGCGUUCCAAAAGUUAGAAGUACACAACCCCACCCGGAACCCGGUCCUCGUCCGAGUCUCCGAGCGGCGACAGUGCGUGGGGAUGAGCUGGCGAUGAAAGUAACCC